GCAGAACAUGAAUAUCACAAGUUAUCCAUCAUCCAGAUAUAACAGAUAAAGUGAUACAGCCUCAGAAUAUGCUCCUCCUUUCCAACUAACAGUUUCUGCCCUUUCUCUGAUUCAUGGCUUUAUCCAUUUCCUCCACUGCAUUGUCAACUUUUCCAAACACAGAAAAACGUCACAAGGUUUUCCCUGAAAGAACAGCUACAUGGUUGCCCAGAAGAAUCCAUACAAAUGCUAAAAAAGGAGUCUCAGAUGUAUGUGAGCCACUUCCUCCAGAUAGGCCAUUGUGGUUCCCUGGUAGUUCUCCUCCUGAGUGGCUUGAUGGCAGUCUUCCUGGUGAUUUUGGUUUUGACCCUAUUGGAUUAGGGUCUGACCCAGAGUUGCUUAAAUGGCUUGCUCAGGCAGAGCUAAUGCAUGCAAGAUGGGCAAUGCUUGGAGUGUCUGGGAUUCUCAUUCCAGAACUGCUUGAAAAAAUGGGAUAUGUUGAGAAUUAUUCCUGGUAUGAAGCUGGUACUCAAGAGUACUUUGCAGAUCCAACAACCUUGUUCAUUGUGCAGUUAGCCUUAAUGGGCUGGGUGGAGGGUAGAAGAUGGGCUGAUUUGGUUAACCCAGGGAGUGUUGACAUUGAGCCCAAGCUCCCAAAUAGGCCCAACCCAAAGCCUGAUGUUGGUUACCCAGGUGGGUUGUGGUUUGACCCCAUGAUGUGGGGAAGAGGGUCACCAGAGCCAGUGAUGGUGUUGAGGACCAAGGAGAUCAAGAAUGGUAGACUUGCAAUGCUUGCUUUUGUUGGCUUCUGGUUCCAAGCUAUUUAUACUGGACAAGGCCCCAUUGAAAACUUGAUGGCACACCUUGCAGAUCCUGGUCACUGCAACAUUUUUUCGGCUUUCACUUCGAGGUAGUGCUUUGGUUUGGAGAAAUGAUACUACUCCUGCAUAAAGAACAUGCAUAGUGCGGAGCCAGCAGCAAGAUCCACUAUUUACUUUAAACAUCUAAUGUUGUUUCCUAAUCUGAGGUUUACAGAUGACACAACCCACCCAAGGUUUUGAUUCUUUCAAACAAAAUGGAGACAAUAUUGUGUUUCUUACUUUCUUUUCUUGUAAAUUGUAAUCAGGAAAAUUUCAUCA